CUUUCAGGCAGCCAGCAGUUCUUUGUCAGCAUUUUACAUGCGGAGCUUUGCUGAGAAAGUUUCUGAUAUAAAGCCUCCCCUGCUUCAGCUUUUGGUGAGCUUUUGGCAAGACGAGGCUGAGCAUGUUAAGAUGGCAGCACGUUCCUUAUUUCAUUGUGCUGCUUCACGGGCUAUACCAUCUCCACUACGUCGGGAUAAUACAAGAGAUAAAGAGAAUGGAGUAUCACCAACUGGAAACCAUGAUGCAGUCUCCACAGAAGAACCCACCAACUGCUUGAAGGAUGACAGUCAAAUUGUCACCGAAGGGAACUCUGAGGAUGAACAAUCUGAAAUAAGAUCAUGGCUAGAAUCAUUUGAAAUGCAAGAUUGGAUUUCUUGUGUUGGGGGAACGAGCCAAGAUGCAAUGACAUCCCAUAUCAUUGUUGCUGCUGCAUUGGCUGUUUGGUAUCCUAGCCUUGUGAAACCAAAUCUUGUUGUCUUGGCUGUUAAUCCAUUGGUGAAGUUGGUUAUGGCGAUGAAUGAGAAAUAUAGCUCUACUGCCGCAGAAAUUCUAGCAGAAGGGAUGGAAAGCACAUGGAAGGCAAGCAUUGGUUCUGAAAUACCGCGCCUGAUCGGGGACAUAUUCUUCCAAAUUGAGUGUGUCAGUGGUUCAUCCGCUAAUACACCUUCCAAGAAUCCAUCUACAUCUGUUAUGAUUCGUGAUACUUUGGUUGGAAUUCUUCUUCCAAGUUUAGCAAUGGCUGACGUAUUGGCCUUUCUGAAUGUCAUAGAAAGCCAGAUCUGGUCAACUGCCUCUGAUUCACCUGUUCAUGUGGUAUCCCUCAUGACUAUAGUUAGGAUUGCACGUGGUUCUCCAAGAAACUUAGUUCAAUAUCUUGAUAAGGUGGUCACUUUCAUUUUACAGACAAUGGAUCCAGGUAACUUAGUCAUGCGAAGAACUUGCUUGCAAAAUUCAAUGGUGGCAUUGAAGGAAAUUGCACGCAUAUUCCCUAUGGUGGCACUAAAUGAUCCAUUGACACGAUUAGCUGUUGGAGAUGCGAUUGGAGAGAUUAACAAUGCAAGCAUUCGGGUAUAUGACAUGCAAAGCAUGACAAAAAUAAAAGUCUUAGAUGCAAGUGGACCUCCAGGAUUUCCCAGUUUGCUUGGAGGAGCUUCAGGAAUGACUGUGACUACUGCAAUAUCAGCACUUAGCUUUUCACCGGAUGGAGAGGGGGUAGUUGCUUUUUCUGAGACUGGGAUGAUGAUAAGAUGGUGGUCCUACUCGUCGGGAUCUGUGUGGUGGGAGAAACUGAGCAAGAAUCUAGUUCAUGUCCAGUGCACGAAACUGAUUUUUGUCCCACCUUGGGAGGGAUUCUUGCCUAAUGCUAAUAGAUCAAGCAUAAUGGCAAGUGUAUUCGGUAAAGAUGGAGAAGCUAAUCCAAAGGAGAACACCAAUGCGUCGAAUGAACUGGACAGAUUUAAACAACUGCUUCAUAAUAUUGAUCUUUCUUACAGAAUAGAAUGGGUUGGUCAAAGAAAAAUAAAACUCACCCAACAUGGCCGUGAUUUGGGCACUUUCCAGCUAUGACAGCCCUGUGCCACCUUACUAAAAUUCCAAGUCUUAAAUUUUCUAUUGUAGUUUUGGCUUUCAAUGGUAGAGGUUUAUUUUUACUGUAGUUCACAUUGGUUGUUAACUGGAGCUGCUGAAUAUGCCUAGCUCUUGAGUUGAUGUCUCACCAACAUCUCUACCACAGUUUCAAACCUUUUGAACAGCAUUUACUCUGAGAGGAAAUACUGUUCAAAGCAGCCAGAACAGUCAGAUGUGUGCAUCAGUUUACGUCGAGAAGCAGCACCAACUUUUGGUCAGAUUCAAUGGUAAUCAUAACCUCUACGGAUAUACAUGUCGAUUUUCCAUCAGAGACAAGUUUGUCCUUCCUUCGCCCCCCACUUUCAUCUUCUGUUUGGGUUCUUGAGGGGGGGUGGGUUGGCACCAUACAGGCGGGGCGAUUAUAUUGUACAUUCAUGUCUUGUACAAGUAAUUGAAUUCGAAUAUGUUGAAGUACUUACCUGCUUAGUAGUACAGUUAGUACAAAUGUAUAUCAAUAGCUCUGAAGUCAUAGUUUUUGUAUAUUUUCACUGAUUGAUCUUCAUUGGUGUUGGGUGAGCUUUCCUUUCCAGCACCUCUACACGAAAUAAAAUGAGAUCUACAAACAUGGAGACCUAGUUCGGUUAUCCGAGGUUUAACAUUCUUUACA